GUUCAUGGUGUUGUGUGGAAGAGUUGACUGUAUUCUCAUCGGCUAUCUCUUUGAAUGUUUUCUAGCUAAACGCUCCCAAAUAUACAGAUGAGAAUGCAGCUCUUCCUCUUAGUCUUCUUCACGUGUGUGUGCUGGCAGCAUGGCAGCGCCUCCCCUGUGCCAGUCACAUGCCAGGACACUGCAAUGGUGAAGGCAGCCGAGGAGACACUGGAGCAGAUAAAUGCAGACAGACAGGAGGGCUAUAUCUUCUCUCUGAACCGACUUUAUGAUAUCAAGCAGCACAUAAAGGAAGAAGGUGUGACUCAUUUACACCUGACCAUAGAUGUACUGGAAACACGGUGCCAUGUUAUCAGCAGGAAGAAAUGGAAAUCUUGUGCCAUAAAGGGCAUUGGUGAUGUACCGGUGUUUGGGACGUGUAAGGCGUCUGUUUCCAUUCAGAGCAGCGUCAAAGUUCACAGUUACAACUGCACCAUCCAACAAGUGGCAGCUAGAACUGUAGUAGACGCUUGCCCUGACUGUCCAACCACAGAGCAAUUAGAUGAUCCGGUUAUAUCUGAGACCACAAAACUGGCACUGCAUAAAUUUAACAUCAAACAAGCUUUUCCACAUGACUUUAGUCUGCUAAAUAUAACAGCAGCCAGAAUGCAGUGGAUUGAGGGUCCAGAUUACUUUGUGGAGUUCACCAUUCAAGAGACGCACUGCCUGAAAAACAUGACUGAUACUGAUUCCACGCAAUGCAAGAUCAAGGACUCCGCUCGCAAGGGUUUCUGCACGGGUUCACACACCACUGUUGAUGACCGACUGGAGAUGAAAGUUCCUGUUGAAGUCAAAUGUGAAAUUUAUGAACCAGCGGCUAUUCAACAAGGAACCUCUGGACCCUUUGGAUCAAUACAUGUUCUCUCCCCUCCACCCAUGCAAAUUCCCCCCAGAGCCCUGCCAGUGGCCAGUAACUGUCCUGGGCCAAGAAAACACAACCUUGGAUUGAAAGAUCUGAAUCUCUGAAUGAAAUAUUACUUGAAGCCAUGCGGUCCACUCUAAACAAGCACUGUAAACGUUGACAUGUUCCAACAGUCUUUAUGCUCUUUGUGUUCUUAUGAGACACAUUGGCAUUUUUUUAAAUAUACAUAUAUUACACAGGUGUUUAUCUAUGCACAAUAUGUCAACAAAGUUAUGUCCUACAGAAUCCCAAUAUUAUUAUUUUUUUCAUUGACAUUAUUUUCAUGAAAAUUCAACAUUACUGUUAAGCUAAAAUUCUCAUACUGUGUGUUUACUUGCCAUGAAAAACCUUAAAGGUCCUAAAAACAGACUUAUAUAAAUGCAAAAUAGUGGAACUUAAAAGAACAUUGAUAAAGAAACUCUUUGCAAAUGAGUAGCUGACUGCAGGAACAAACUGAGUGUAUAAUAUUUUGAUUUAAUUAAUUCUGAAACAUUUUGUAUAAAGAAUAUAACAAAUGUGUGAUUAUUUCAAAGAUGUGGUGUUGAAGCUAAUAAACAAUAAAAGCAACCAAUCAAAAGCCAUGCUGCUUGAUUGACAGGUAU